GAAAAUUAUAAGCUCCUCCACUAUUUCAUUUCUUCCCACGGGCACGCAUCCAGAUUUUGAAAGAGACCUGAAAAUAUCCCCUCUUCCUAUUGCUCUUCCCUCCUAGUUCUCUGGUUGAGAUUCCACAAUUUGUUGGUCCUCCUCUUCCUCUUCCUUUAUCUACAGAGAGUGAGAGGAGAUGGGAACACUGCCUCCCAAUUCCAUGGGCUCAGGAGAGAAGAUUGAGAACGAUCGCAUCAAUCAUGGUGCUGAUAUGAAUGCUGGAAACUCUCAGGAAACGGGAAUCCAAAAGCUCGAUGCUGGAGCUCUCUUUGUUCUCAAGUCCAAAGGUUCAUGGUUACACUGUGGCUACCAUCUGACGACUUCAAUUGUGGCGCCGGCUCUGCUCAGUCUGCCGUAUGCUUUCGCAUCGAUGGGUUGGGCGCCCGGUGUACUCUGCCUAGUGAUGGGAGCUGUAGUCACCUUCUACUCCUACAACCUCCUCUCCAUGGUCCUCGAACACCAUGCCCAGCUCGGACGGCGACAACUACGUUUCAGGGACAUGGCUAAUGAUAUUCUUGGGCCAGGCUGGGGGCGUUAUUACGUUGGUCCGAUUCAAUUCCUGGUGUGCUAUGGUGCAGUUGUUGCCUGUACGCUAUUGGGAGGCCAAACAAUGAAGUCCAUAUACUUGAUAUCGAGACCAAAUGGGAUGGCAAAGCUUUAUGAAUUUGUAGUCGUCUUCGGGGCCUUCAUGCUGAUUCUAGCACAGAUCCCGUCGUUUCAUUCCUUGAGACACAUCAAUCUGGUAUCCCUCAUGCUUUGCCUUGCCUACAGUGCUGCCACCACCGCAGGCUCCAUCUAUGCAGGACACUCGGCCCGUGCACCACCAAAGGACUACUCACUUUCAGGCAACAGCCAAGACCGAGUCUUUGGUGCAUUCAGUGCUAUCGCCAUCAUCGCGACCACCUACGGGAACGGGAUCAUUCCAGAAAUACAGGCAACAGCUGCUCCUCCUGUGAAAGGAAAGAUGUUCAAGGGCCUGUGUCUCUGCUACGCAGUCGUCGUAACUACAUUCUUCAGCGUCGCAGUGUCAGGGUACUGGGCCUUCGGCAACCAAGCAGAAGGCACUAUUCUUAGCAACUUCAUUGUUGGUGACACCACUCUAGUCCCCAAGUGGUUCCUCGUGAUGACGAAUGUCUUCACCCUCCUCCAACUUGCUGCUGUGGGACUGGUCUAUUUGCAGCCGACAAAUGAGAUGCUUGAAGGCCUGUUUUCAGACCCAAAGAUGGAUCAGUACUCUGCUCGAAAUGUCGUGCCGAGGCUAAUCUUUCGGUCACUAUCCAUGGUCAUAGCAACAACCCUUGCAGCCAUGCUCCCCUUCUUUGGAGACAUCAAUGCAGUUAUUGGGGCUUUCGGAUUUUUACCUCUAGAUUUUGUGAUCCCAGCAGUUCUAUACAACAUCACUUUCAGGCCAUCUAGAAGAGGCCUGCUGUUUUGGAUGAAUGCUACUAUAUCCAUCGUCUUCUCGGCACUGGCAGUGUUGGGGUCUAUCGCUGCUGUUCGGCAGAUUGCUUUGGAUGCGAAGAACUACAAAUUGUUUGCCAAUGUGUGAACAGGAGUAGGAAAAGGGAAUAUUCAUCCGCAUUACUCAGCCUCAAUCUCGAUCGCCCCGUUGCAUGCAAUCUGUGCCCUAUGAAAGAGACAACAAGGCAAGGGCAAUCCAUUUCAGACUGCCAAUUUGCAACACAAUCCUACUAGCUAAUGAUUCUUGUAUUCGGAGAAAUGGUGCAAAAAUUUUGUACGUUCUCCUAGCUGCUACACUUAGAUUGAUAAAAGAUAUAUAGUUAAUUUUGUUUGCACCCAUGGGGACAGUCAAAUGCACCUGGAUGCUUAAAAUUGGUGAUUAAUGUAGAGAAAUAUUAUUUGAUUAA